CAGUGGGGCAGGAUAGGCUCAUCUUUCGUGAACACCUGAUAUAAUCACUGUUUUUACCGAGUGAUUCAUUAGUGAAUGUCAUCACAGCUGCAUAUAUUGCAUUGAUCUCUAUUCUGUGCAAAUGUGGAUUUUCGGCGAUUCUUGGGGUGGCAGUUCUCAUACAGGCGGAUCUCCUAAGGCAGUGGCGGUCCUCUUAAGGACAAACACAUCAUAGUGGAUCAUGGGAGUAAUCAUGACUUUGCCUAACAUCCUUUCCACUCUGCCUAACUUCCUUUCGACUCUGACUUAUGCAGAGAUACAAUUUUGAACAGGGAAUACGGUUUUGUCGUUCAGAUUUGAUAACAAACUUGGACAAUAAAGAAAAAGAGCAGUCCACUUUUUUGUUGUAGCUGAUAAAUGAUGGGACCCAGAAUUAAACAAGAUUAGUCACUGACCAGGCAGCACGAUAGAAUGUCUUUUGUAGACAUCCAUUCUUGUUCUCAGUUUUGUGCUGAAAAUGCCACAUUGCGGAAGAAAGUACACCUCUUGAAACAGCAGCGCAAUGCUUGUCGGAAGGAAUUAGCAAAACUGCAAGAGGAAAAGAAACUAGAAAGUCUGCUAAAAACUUACGUUACUUCACGAGAUGUUUAUGUGCAGACAGAACCCAAAUCCUGGCAGCUUGGAAUAUUUGGUUCUCCUCGAAAAAAGGAGGAAAAGGUCGAACAUGUUGCUGAUUUGGAAAAAACAAACAAGCUUCUAACAAUGCACAAUCAACUAAUGCGGCGAUAUGAGAAGGAAGUCAAGCAGAACAUGUCUAACAUAGAACUUCUGUCAGAACUGAAUCUGAAGCUGGCUGCAAUGGAAACCAAGUUAAAAGAAGAGAAAGAGAAAGUUCUGAGAUUGGAAAGAGAGCUAAUUAUUACAAGAGGUCCAAAGUCAAGAUCUCGUUCAGGUGCAGGGGCAGCAGACGAUGAGGUUUUAAGAGAAGUUGUUAAGGAACGAAAUAAGCUGAAGAAAGAAAACAAGAAAUUGAGGACAGAACUAAAAGGACUUGACACAGGUUUCUUUGAAGAAAUAGAAGACAUCAAGUUUGCAUUUCAGCAGUCUGCCAAGCUGAACAAAGAAUAUGAGAAAGCUCUCCGCAAGCUGUGUCAUCAGUUUGGAGUGCCGUACCCCUGUCCUGAAAAAACUCUUAGUCAGUCUCUCGUGGAAGGCCAUUCUAUCCAUUGAAACAAAAUAUGUGAUCGCGGAUGCAUAUAUUGAUGCAUGUUUUAACUAGUGUUCAGUCAUUGAAAGGAACUUUUGUAUUUCUUCGCCUGUUACUCGAUCUCAGUUACAAGUCAAGUCCUGAAAAUGUUUAAAAAAAAUAAUUGAGUCGUUUAUAAGUUAUUUAGAAUCAUGAAUGGCCAGUGUGACAUUUGAACAAAACAUUAUUUUAGGAACUUUGGCUACACACAUCCAUCUAUUCGUAUCCCAUGUCUAAUCAAAUCUCCUAGUAUCAAAAAAGAUGGUUGAUGGUAAAGACUGUUUCACUGGUAUCUUAUAUCAGUGUACAGCAUCAUAUUGUGCACAGACAAUAACUUUAGUUAUCCACUGUGAAACUGAAUGUUGGAUGCAUCUUCCAUUCUUAGUGUAAAGAAGGAUAACUCUGUUCUAGGAACUAAACUGUAGGGAAUCAUUUCAGAUUUCAUCAGUUAAUGUAACCGGCCUCGGUGGUGCAAUGGUUAAGCCAUUGAACUAAAGCCUGGUAGGUACAGGGUUCGCAGCUCGGUACUGGCUCCAACCCAGUGCGAGUUCCUAAGGGCUCACUAAUCACUAACCAACUAACCCACUGUCCUGGACAGACAGCCCAGAUAGUUGAGGUGUGUGCUCAGGACAGUGUGCUUGAACCUUAAUUGGAUAUAAGCACGAAAAUAAGUUGAAAUGUAAACUUCACUUAUUGUGUCCCGAUCUUACUCCUAAAUGGUUUAGAGAAAGGUCGAUGGAUGGGAUGGCAUGAGCAGUCUUCUAGUUGAUCUUUGAAAGGCAGUGUACAUCACAAACACUUCAGCUGUUGUAAAUAACAUUUUAUUUCAUUGCAUAAACAAAACAUUAUUUCAUGAAUUUUCAUGUUAUUGCAAACAAUAUACAAAUCUUUCAUUGUAAUAAAAAAUAUAAUAACUUAAGAUUUUUUUUAAAUUCAUUGUGGUUGAUGGAAAGAAUUGUGGAUAAAUAAUACACAAAAACCUCCAUUAUUAAUACACAAUACAUUGUUAUAUUGUCUCUGCAUUCAGUAAUAUAGAAUCUAGUUUUAGAGAAGAAACCUGCUGCUGUCCCGUGUGCAUGAUUCAAAUUAUACCAGUCCUCUACUUAUGGGGGCGGGAUGUAGCCCAGUGGUAAAACCACUUGCUUGAUGCACGGUUGGUCUGGGGAUCGAUCCCCGUCGGUGGGCCCAUUGGGCUAUUUCUCGUUCCAGCCAGUGCACCACGACUGUCAUA